CUCACCCAUUUGAAACCGAAACAAACACGUAUUCAUUCACAUUCACUGUUUAUAUAUAUACCCACUCACCAAUUUCCAUUCAAACCUUUUCCCCUAAUCCUCCGAUUUAAUUUUAAAAAAGAAAUGGCUCGUACGAAACAAACAGCUCGUAAAUCUACUGGUGGUAAGGCUCCCAGGAAGCAACUUGCUACUAAGGCUGCAAGGAAAUCAGCUCCGACAACCGGAGGAGUGAAGAAGCCUCAUCGUUACCGUCCCGGAACCGUCGCUCUCCGUGAAAUCCGUAAGUACCAGAAGAGUACUGAAUUGCUGAUUCGCAAAUUGCCAUUCCAGAGGCUUGUUCGUGAAAUUGCCCAGGAUUUCAAGACUGAUCUGAGGUUCCAGAGCCACGCCGUGUUGGCACUCCAGGAGGCGGCAGAAGCAUACCUUGUGGGUCUCUUCGAGGAUACGAACUUGUGUGCUAUCCAUGCGAAGCGGGUCACAAUCAUGCCCAAGGACAUCCAAUUGGCUAGGCGUAUCCGCGGAGAACGUGCUUAGUUUGCUGUUUUAAAUAAACUAGUAAUGUGACGAUUCGGUUUCUGGUGGAGGGUUUGUGUAGUCUUCACCUUGUGGACCUCUUUAUCUGUUUUUAUUAGUUUUCAAGGUGUUAUGUCUUUUUGGGAUGAAACUCAAAUAUGAACCCAUUGCUAUUGUGUGGAAUGUAAAGUUUAUUUUCAACUGA